AUGCUCUCACGUGUUGCUGCAGUGAAGGCGCCCCGCACACACAACCGUCGCCGCGUGACCGGAUCCGGCGGAAGGAGGAGGGAAGGAGGAGAGAGUGAGCCGCAGAGGCCCAACAUGUCCCGGCAUCUCUUCUACUCUGCGGUGCUGCUUCUUCUUGUCGUGAUGAUGUGCUGCAACACUGGUGGUGUUGAAGCUGAUGUACGGGCGUCAGGCCCAGGAGCUUUACCGAAGACAUAUUUUGUUUGGAGAGACAAGAAAGGUGAAGAAACGGUGAUUUCUCUCCGUGUUCCCAGUCUUGUUGAGGUGAAAGGUGAUGUCUUUGCCGUUGCCGAGGCGCCGUGCAAGGAUGGCAGUGAAAAAGUAUUUACUGGAAUUGCCUCGGGGCUCCUGACAUUGAGUGAUGAAGAAUCAAAAGAAUUGGGUACAAAUGCAGUAAAGACACAAUUACUGGAGGAAUGUCCAUUUGAUAAGAAAAGCGGCUGCCAUAUAGCGGGUCAGGAUGAUUCCAAAACCCAGACGAGAGUACUUUUGAGCCGACCAACAACGGUUGUGAAGGGAAGUGAUAUUUACAUGCUUGCUGGGAAUUACAGUUGGAAACUUGCCGCUGGUGUUCAGGGAGCUGACGCAGGCGACUGGGGACUCGUGCUGGUGAAAGGGAACGUCAGUAAUGAAAUAAGUCAAAAAAGAAUCUUUUGGAAUGAUACUUACGCUAUCCCGUGGAAUUAUAACAAACAACACAAAUCCUUGGCGCGGCUGGUUGGCAGCGGUGGAUCGGGUGUUAAGAUGGAGGACGGUACGCUUGUUUUCCCAGUGGAAGGCACGAGGAAAAAGACGACGAACCAGGUUGACACUGAAAAGGAUGAAAAGACCGUAUCGCUGAUCAUCCACUCCUUGAAGGAUACUAAUAGUUGGAAGCGGCCGAAGGGGAUGUCUGCCGAUGGCUGCAGUGAUCCCUCCAUCGUGGAGUGGGGAGAGAAGGACAAAAAACUCAUGAUGAUGACUGCGUGUGAUGAUGGCCGCCGCAGGGUGUACGAGUCCGGUGACAAGGGGGAGUCGUGGACGGAGGCACUCGGGACACUCUCGCGCGUGUGGGGCAACAACCGUAAGCUACAUGAGAGGGGCGUUAGAAGUGGGUUCAUCACAGCGAAGAUUGACGGUGUUGAAGAUAACAGAAAUGUGAUGCUCGUCACUCUCCCGGUAUAUCCCGAGAAGGCUGUUACAGGAGGCAAUGGAAAGGGAAAACUCCAUCUUUGGCUGACGGACAACACGCACAUUGUUGAUAUUGGGCCGGUAUCCGAUGACGACGCUGCCUCCAGCGCCCUGUUGUACAAAAUUGGGAAUAAUAAUGAGGAGGAGUUGAUUGCACUGUACGAGAAGAAGAAGGACGGUGGGGACAAAACAUCACACAGUCUUUGGUCUGUGCUUCUGACUGCGCAGCUGCAGCGUGUGAAGGAUGUGCUGGCGACGUGGAAGAAAGUGGACGACCGUGUCUCCAAGCUGUGCCCCACUUCAAGUACUGCGAAGGACGCCUCAACUGCCACUGCCUGCGGCAAUGCCAUCCCAACGGAUGGGCUGGUUGGCUUUUUGUCCGGCAACUUCUCUGAUAACACAUGGAGGGACGAGUACCUCGGGGUGAACGCUACAGUAAAGAAGGGAGCGGAAGAAGGGGCGGCAGCAGAGAAAGCAGAGUCUUCAGAUGGAGUGAAAUUCCAGGGAGCGUGGGCGGAGUGGCCCGUUGGCAGUCAGGGGCAGAAUCAGCUGUACCACUUUGCGAACUACAACUUCACUCUUGUGGCGACGGUGUCCAUCCACGGUGAGCCGAAGGAGGGGGGUUCUCCCAUUCCUUUGAUGGGAGCGAAGAUGAGUGACGGUAAUAAUCCAGUACUCCUGGGACUGUCGUACAACAACAAAGAGAAGAAGUGGAUAUUAUUGUGUGGUGGCGGACAGAACAAGGAGCACAGCAGCAAUUGGGAGACACUGACGGAUACUACACAGUACCAAUUGGCCAUUGUACUAAAGAACGGCACCCAGGGCUCCGCGUACGUCGAUGGUCAGCCUGUGUUGGGAGAUGCAGAAUGUGAUUUGAUAAAUACGAAAGAUAAAAAGAUCUCCCACUUCUACAUUGGAGGGGAUGGAGUCAAAGCAGGGAACACAGAGGGCCAAGGAGGCGUCUCUGUGACUGUGACGAACGUGUUGCUGUACAACCGCCCGUUGAGUUCCGAAAAGAUUACUGCGCUUAACACAAAACUUUCUAUUUCAAAAGCAAGAGAAGCAAAAACAGUAAAGGAGGGUAUUCCACCAGUGGCAAGUAAACAAGCUACGCCGGAAGCCGAAACUCCGUCUAUUCUUGGCGAGCAACAGCAGAACAAACAGGAUCCGUUGAGGAAAAGUGAAAAUGCGGGGAGUGGCGGUUUAUCCACAUCAGGGCUACCUACUGCUACGACUUCUCCAGCAGCCAAAGAGUCCGAAAAACAGUCAGCGUCGGGAACAUCUCCCAGUGGAAACAAAAAUGUGGAUGGCACUCCCUCGUCUGACGCCGACCCAGCGGUGGUGACGGUGAGUGGAAACACGGGGCAAGGAGAUGGAACACAAAAACCGUCAGUGGGCGCUCCCGUCAGAGCAGAUACAAAUGCCCCUACUGCUGAAACCAUGGCGCCAGAUGGAACCGCAGUGACACCUGAGGCGGCAGGAACGGGUGGACAGGGAGAGGAGGGAAUCCAUCCACAGGACGGCGAAGUAAAGUCUGCGGCACUCAGCAGCAGCCUCGGAAAUUUGUCGCAUGGGAAUAACAGCGAUGCCGGCACUGUGUGUGGGAGCGGACUGCUGCUGCUUCUUCUUCUGUUGGGACUUUGGGUGUUUGCGGCUCUGUGA